AUGACCGCUAGCAAGGGGGGCCCCCCGGGGGCCCCCAUGGGGGCCCCCGAAACUGUUAUAAGAGGAGCAACAAAGAGCUCAAGACAAAAAGCUGCAGCAGCAGCAGCAGCAGCAGCAGCAACAGCAGCAGGAGACCAUUCUCCUUCAUCUUCUGCUGCUACUGUUACUGCUGCAUCACCUACUGCUGCUUCGUCUUCUGCUGCUGCUGCUGCUGCUGCUGCUGCUGCUGCUGCUGUGGAUGUGCUUGGUGCUGAGGCGUAUAUUGUAUUUGACCCGAAACAAACAGAAAAACAAAAACAAACAAAUCAAGCAAUUCGCUCGCUGCUGCUGUCGCGCAGAAACACAGCAGCAGCAGCAGCAGCAGCAGCAGCAAACGGGGUCCCCGGGGGCCCCCAGGUAACCGAAGCAGCAGAGACGGAGGCCCCUUCAGCUUCUGCAGCAGCAGCAACAGCAGCAGCAGCAGGAGCAGGAGCUCGUACAUAUGCUAGUGGUGAAGCAGCAUCAGCAGGAACAGCAGCAGCAGCAGCAGCAGCAGGAUCUGCUGCUGCUGCUGCAGCAACAGCAGCAGCAGGGGAUCGGGAUCGUCGGCCGCUGCCGCUCCCCGAGGGACGGAGGCCCCUUCAGCUUCUGCAGCAGCAACAGCAGCAGCAGCAGGAGCAGGAGCUCGUACAUAUGCUAACGGUGAAGCAGCAUCAGCAGGAACAGCAACAGCAGCAGCAGCAGCAGCAGCAGGAGGACCUGCUGCUGCUGCUGCAGCAACAGCAGCAGCAGGGGAUCGGGAUCGUCGGCCGCUGCCGCUCCCCGAGGGGAUCGGGAUCGUCGGCCGCUGCCGCUCCCCGAGUUCACUUUGCUGCCGGAGCUGCCGGAGUCGCCUCCGCGUUCACCGCGGCAGCAGCUGCUGCAGCCGUGGCAGCUGCAGCAGCACGAGCGGCUGCUGCGGCUGCAGCAGCAGCAGCUGCAGCAGCAGCAGCAGCAGAUGGGCAGCCCAUACAGGGGAUCCGCGAGGGGCCCAAGGCCCCUGAAAAGAGACAGAGAGAGAGCGAGUGCAGCAGCAAAAGCUGA